UCGCUCUCUCAGUGAGAUGGUCCUCUGUUGAGUAUUACAAGGCUCACUCUCCAACAUGGCUGCUCUUCUCAGCGCUCUUCUCAUCUUUACUGGACUCUCAGGACUUCAGAGCAUAACUACAGUCAGUAAAGUGUCAGUGAAGGCUGGAGGCUCCAUCUCAGUCCCAUGUCUCUACGAGGCCGAGUACACAAACCAUGUGAAAUACUUGUGUGAAGGAUACGAGUGGAUUUCCUGCUUCUACGCAGUUAAAAGUAAAACAACAGACAGUUCAGGGAGGUUUUCAAUCUCUGAUGACAAACAGAGAAGAAUCUUCACUGUGACUAUCACUGCCCAAACUCCUCAAACUCAUAAUUUCUGGUGUGCUGUGGAGAAAAAUAACGGAGAAGCUUUUGGGGCUUAUUUUCAGCUUACAGUUACCAAAGAUCAGCCCCAGCUCUCUGUGGAUCAUCAGGAGGUGACAGGGUUUAGUGGAGAAAGUGUAUCCAUCCACUUUAGAUACAGGAUCAGUGGACGAAUCUGGUGGCGCAGGCUUGGAGGGUCCUCUGUGAAGGAGCCGUCUGGAACAAUCGAAGGAACAAGAGUGACCAUUACUCGAACGAGCCCGACAGAGUUCACAGUGACUCUGAGUGGACUGAGGAUGAACAGCAGCGGCUGGUAUGUCUGUACCAAAGGAGACUUCCAGAUGCCGGUGCAUGUCACUGUUAAAGAGAGACCGAGCACGACUUCACUCGAGGCGACGACAUGUCUUAACACCUUAUUGAGCACUCUUCAAGCUGUGUGUCACACGCCUGUCUCUGAAAACCACACCACAGUUCAGACUGAAUCACAAAGAGCUUUUAUUCUCCCUCUGAGUCUCAUCAUCUCUGGGACUUUAUUGGUCCUCCUCUGGAUGCUGGCCUUAAUCCUCUGGUUCACUUGGAGAAGACGCAAGCAGACAAAGGCCCAACCAUCAGCUGCUGCAGUGGCUGAAGAGGAGCUCACAUACAGCACUGUUUUAUAUGUUGCACACUUGGACACAAUAAGGGAUUUUCCAGGCGUGCAUGGAUUUAUUAAAAACUUUCACUCAGCACAUCAGUUUAGUGUGGCUGAAUAUUGCAGAACAUCCCAGUCUACUGAAUGGCGCGUGUGCACCGUGCAUCCUAAAGACCCGUAAGCUGCCCAAAAAGGCAUGUUUGAGCCUUCCUUAUUUUAACCACAAAUAAACCUAGUAAAAUAUGACUUUUAUGCACGUAGAUUUACAACAUUAUCAAUAGUUAUUUGCAAAAUAACACAAAUAAACAUGAGAUUUGGGGGGGGUGUCAGUGUCCAUUUACAUUCUAAAUAGUGUCUAUAUACAUGCUUUACCCACACAUACAUCAGACCGGCUAAUGACAGGGUAACUGAACACAGUUAUAUCAAGAUAAACAGGAAGUCAGUAUUGUCUCUGUUUGCAGAGCGACAUGAUGCUGUUACAGAAUGAUAUGAAAUAUUUCUGUUUCAUUUUCAUUAAUGACUGACUGACAUGUGGAGAUAG